AUGUGGUUCAUGACUCUAGACAUGGCAAGUAGGUUCUGGGCGGUUCCAAUGACGGCCCGAGCUCAGCUGAUUUUGGCCUUCAUUUGCCCGCUCGGACACUUUCAGAUGAAGGGCAUGCCGUUCGGGUUAAAGAACGUCAUACUGAUCUACCAACAGCUUCUGGACAAUUGUCUUUGGGGUUUUGUCCGGCUACCCCCAGAAGAGGACAGGAUUGUUGACACAGAAAUGCUUGAGUUCUUGGGAAUUUCUCUCGAAGGCUCAGGCGCCCCGGUAUCUCAGGGCACGGAGCCCCAGGGGGCGGUGGUCUCCAGGACCAGCACUGACACCCUGUUCCAUCAGAACUGGGCUGCCCUGGAGCUGAUGGGCCCGGUGUUGUCUCGGAGUUCGUACAUAGAUGACAUCAUCUACGAAGCGCCGUCCUGGGAUGACCUGUGUAAAACGCUGAAUGACCUCCUAUACCGACUGCGCCUCCCGAAGAGUGAGUUAGGAGUCAAGAUAUGCAAGUACCUCGAGCACGCCAUUAGCUCGGACGGAGUCCAGACGUCCCCAAAACAGGCGAGAAAGAAGGGAGUACAGGCCUUUCUCGGGAGCCUCAAUUACUGCACCAAGUUUAUCGAAUACCUACCCGUGCUCGUGGCCACCCUCUCUGAAAUACCAGACGAGCAUCUCCGUUCCGGACGAGAGUUGAAGGAGCCUAAGUACGCGUUCAACAUACUCAAGGACCGGGUAGUGUCGGUGCCAUUGCUCCAGCACCCCGGCCCUGGGAGACAGAAUGUAAUAAUAUUGCACGCCAACCCUUGGGCCAUCCUCUUGGGGCAGGAUUGCGACGGCACCAUACUACCCGUGCGGUUGGUGGGACGAGUUCUCCAGGACGCCGAACUUCGGUACCAUCCCGCCGAAAAGGAGGUAUUGGAGCUGCUCCGGAAAAUUCGAGUGUACACCCGGUACUCCGUGUUGCCCUGGCUGUUCAAGUCCAAGACGGUGGACGGGAGGUGCCUCAAGUGGGCGGUCAAUCUGUCCCCAUGGGAUCUUGACCUUCGGCGAGUCGAGAACGACGAAGUUGGUCUGACAGCGAUCCUGGGGGCGGGUAUCAACCCCCGAGAACGCCUCGAUGAGGCCGCCGAGACCCUGGUUCCAGAAAAGGGUUCCCGGAUCCGUCAGUCUGGAAAUGCGCUCUAG